CGGGCUGUAAUGCUGCGCCGGGUGCGGCAGUCUCUCCGGCAGGUGCUGUUUCUCAUGGCCCGGAGACCGGACCUCCUCUGCGGGGCGAUCGUGCUCGGCGUGCUGCUCGUGCUGGCUGUCAAGUUCACGUGCAGCCGUGCUGAGAAUGUGGUGGCAGCAGCUCGGCCUCCGGUGCGGUUCUUCUCUGCCGAGGCCCCGGUAGUCGACCUCUUCUUGGGUCAGCUGGACCAGGUGGAGCGUCUGAGGAGUGUGGCAGAGGUGUCGCUCAUCUUCUUCUAUGCACCGUGGUGCGCUCACUCCAUGGCCGCGCGACAGGAAGUGCAGCAGGUGGCUUCGAAGCUGGCCAAACAGGUGCAGUUUGUGGCUGUUAACUGCUGGUACAGUCAGGGGAAGUGCAGGAGGCAAAACCACUUCUACCAGUAUCCCAUCAUCCAUCUGUUUUAUAGAAGGUUUGGGCCGAUAGAGUACAAAGGUCCAUUUGUGGCUCCGUACGUGGAAAGUUUUAUCCUCCGAGUCAUCACGCCGCUCACUUACCUCCCGUCGAGAGCAACGCUUGAAGAUUUCCUCUCCUACCACGAGCCUCGAGUGGUGGGUUUCUUCCAGUUUAACUCCUCUCCGCUGCCGCCGGGGUACAUCACAUAUUUGUCUUCUGCCCUGCAGGCCCUCAAAAGAGAUUUCCGCGGCGUUGUACGUUUCGGGGUCGUGACCAACAGACAGGUGGCAGAGGCCAUCUCACUACAGGAAGAUGAGACUGUUUACCUCCACAGGAGAUUUAACUCCUCUUUGAUAUUCCCUCGACUGGAGCGUAACUUCACGUCGGAGGCCAUCUGCAGCUGGGUGUUUGAGCACCGUGAGACCGUCCUCCAAUGGCUGCAGCCCCCUGGAACAAAGUCCCGCCUCUUUGAGCGGGAGCUGACUAAAGGCCCGGCGCUGCUGCUGUUCCUGCCGCACAAUCCACUCGGGUCCAAGCCCAAUCCCAUUCUACACCAGAUUGCUGACAUCGCUGUGCGAUAUCAUUCAUGUGACAAUAAUGACCACUUGGGCCUGGACAAGAGUUUCACGUCGCACUUGCUGUGCUGCCACUCACUCCUCCUCCCAGGUUCCAGGACAGGUGUGUGUGAGGUGUGUCUCGGCUCGUCAGGAUCGAGUCUGACCAGCUCCCCCACGCGCUGCUCCCUCCCCUCCACGACUCGGGGGCGGGACCAGUUGCCGCCUCAUCUCCGACACUGCUGCCUCCACCGACGACCCGACCCUGUGUCCGCAGGGACUGCAACCCCAGUGGGCUGUCGCACCAUUCUGAGCAGCUACAGCCCGUUCAGUCAAAACAGUGCCUGCUGCAGAAAAGUCGAACCUCAUCCCAGCGACUCCCAAGCCAAAGAGGGGCCGGACAUGCAAAGGGUUUCCCUCACGCCCCCGUCUCUGGCCGCCAUCCCUCCGUCUUCCGCCACCCGGCCGGAAGGAGAUGGCAUCGCGGGGCUCCGGUGUCAGACCAACAGGACGCUCAGGUUUUACCUGCUGGACGCCGCUCUGAACUGGCCUCUGGCGGUGAGGCUCGGGGCGACGGGCAACGGCACCGCUGCUCUUCACCGGGAGGCCGGCGACGGGAGCGGCGACGGGUCGUUCGCAGCCAUUGUGAACCUGAAGGACGAGGUUCAUUAUGUUCUCCAUCGCAGCGCGGAGACCACACUGACAGAGUCUCUGGAGGCCUUCAUCAGGAACUUCAGCGCUCCGUACAGUCUCCUGCAGAGACACUUGGUCGGAGAGGAGAGCAGGAAGGGAGGCGAAGAGGAGGCCGGACACCCAGACGAGCCCCGGCACAAGUCUCCUCGGCCCCUCAUCACGGAACUGACCACCUCCUCCUUCCUUCCCUCCGUCAUGGAUCUUCAAAAGGAUGUGCUGCUGUUUUACUACACUCAGUGGUGUGGAUUCUGCUCCGUUCUCAACCACGUCAUCAUCCAGUUGGCCAGAUUGUUACAGGGAAACAGCGUCAUCACUGUGGCCAGGGUGAAUGUUGCCCGCAAUGACCUUCCCUGGGAGUUCAUGGUGGAUCACGUUCCCUCCAUCCUUCUCUUUCCCAGAUACAGGAAAGAUUUCAGCGUGAAGUUUCCAGACGACCUGCCCAUCACGUUGCCGAACCUCCUCCACUUCAUCCUGCAGCACUCGGGCUCCGCGCACGACGCGGACAAACCCGUGAAGUCCCCCGUCGGGUCAGACGCCGCGGGAGCCGGCGCCCUCCUCCGGGCAGAGUUCCUGGCGCUGCAGCGCGAAGUGCAAGCGCUGCAUCACGCCCGCGAGCGUCUCUCCCAGCAGCUGGCGCAGCUGUGGCGCGACAACCGGCGCCUGACGUUUGACACGCGCGGCCUGGCGGCGCAGAACGCCGAGCUGCAGCGGGAGAGGCAGAGCCUGGAGGAGCAGCGCGAGGAGAAAGGCCGGCAGCUCGGCAAGGCGGUGCGACGGCUGCAGGAGCUGGCGGACGCCUCCGAGAACCUGCUGAACGAGAACACGCUGCUCCGGGUCCUGCUGAGGGCGCUGAAGGACCGGACGGAGGCUCGGGAGCAGGCGGAGGCGGAGAGGAAAGAGGCGGAGCAGAGAAGAAGCCGUAUGGCGUCGUGAACGCGGGUCUGCAGGGAGUCCCGAGGAAGGGCGGGCAGGGAGAGGGCUGGAAUGGAUGAGGGGGAGAAAAAAGAAGAAGACGCUGCGAUCAGAUCAGAGAGGAUGAACAUGACGCUUGAAGGAGGAGUUUGUGUAGCAACCUGGUAAAUCAUGUCAUAAGAGAAAAAUGGAGGAUGAGGCCACAGCUCUGAUCCGACAUAAAAGAUUAGAGGGAAACACGAAGACUGCUGCUAAGGCUGGAAAUCAAGUCAGAGGAAGAAGGAAAAAAACGCAGCGAGGAAGACGGCUUCGAUGACGGUGGGAGUUAAUCAACGCUGACGAACACUGUAGGGAGGGAGUUCAGUGCCAACUGUCCAGAGACUCAGUUCUGGUCUGUUAACGGGAGGAAGCUAAGUUAAAAUUUCUAUUUAAAAAAAAACAACUAAAACACCUCUGCAGCCAAACUCUCCACCUCCCCCGACUUACUGUAAAUCCGCACAUGAGAGACGAUAUUCAAAUAAUGGUCUCGUCCGAUGAGCAGCACAAAAAAACAAAGGCCGGUUUAAAUAUAUACAUUGACGGGGGUAAAGGGGGUAAAUGUCCACAGCACCAGCUUCCAUCGGUACAACAACUGAGUCAUGUGACACUCGUCACUCUGCUGCUCAGUGUCAAUAUUUUAACAGAAAUUAUAAUUUUCACACUUAAUAACUUCCAGUCAUUUUACUUUUUACUUUCUCCUGAUCAUGAGCUACUGUCAACACUUCCUGAUGUUUGUUUUGACCUACGUUCAUGUAAAAAAAAUCUGGAGCUGCUUCUAUAAUGUUUUUUUUGUUCUACUCGUCCAUAAAUCCCAGUUUGCUAUAUAUUUCCAAAUAAUUUCCUGUAUGUUUUCGUACUAAUUAUGGGUCAAAUCGAAGGCGAUCAGUCGGUGACGGCAGGUUCAAAUGUGAAAUGUGUGUCUCGAAGCAAACACUAUCAUUUCCAUUAAUAAAUGAAUGAGUAUUAUGGAACUUAAUCCAGAAGUUUAAUUUUUUUAUAAACAACUAAUUGAAGUAACAAAAACCCUUUUCUGUUUUUCGUGUAGUUGGUUCCAGAACCACACGUUUCUGUCCUGGGAACUGUAAAAGAAAGUGUCGACCCAGUGACGUGUAAAAAGUCAAAGUGCAACGCCUGAUAGGAUUCUUACUGUACUGACGGAGUGCUGUGGAAAAAAUGUAAAUCAUGCUAACGUGAACAGGCAUGACGUUCUGAAUUUGCUUUAAUUUGGAUAAGAGGAAAUGAAAACUUCUCUCCGCCACAGUCUUGAGAAUUUACAGUAAACUGUAAGAGUUUGGCUGCGGGGGGAGAAAGGGCUACUGAUGAAGCUGAGAGGAACUCAAUCCCGAGGACGUUUCGUUUUUUUCCAAGGGGAUAUAAUUCUUUUGUUAAACUGAUCUAUUUUUCCAGAAAUCAUUGAUCCUCGAGUCACUAAAAUAUUAUUUCUACGUAAAUAUUCAGGUAUUAUGACUGAGAUGCUGCAAUUGUUUACAUGUGAAAUAUUGCACCAGUUUUUACUGAUUAAAAAAAAAAAUCUUCCUUCUUA